AGGACAGCUGGUAACAGAUUACUUAUAAGAGGAGCUAGUCGCUGUGCUCGUGGAGCCCAAUUUUCUCGGACUAUCUGCACUCUGUUUUGCAUAGUUAACGAGCUCAAUCAUUGCAUAUGAUGCGUAUAAACAAAGCUCUUCGGAAGGAUCCGAAGAAUCCAACGUUUCCAGUCUCCUUUCGGCAGUCAUUCAGUCAGUGGUGGCGAGGAGCCUCAGCACAAAAUGCAAAACUUACUGAAUUAGAAGUUUUAAAGCAAGUAGACUUUCUUCGUGACAAUGACAAGGAUCAGGAACGUCUAGCUGAGGUAAUUGAAACGCCGAUUGGUCCUAAGAAAGACACGAUUCACGAAGUUAGCAUUACCAGCAAGACAAUCAACGACACCAAAAAGAAGGAGAUCGUUUUUUUGCAUGGUUAUGGUGCUGGAUUGGCUUUGUUUUUUCGGAACAUGGAUGGUUUGACGAAAAACAACACUCAAAACUGGAACUUUCAUUUCGUAGAUUGGCUCGGUAUGGGCUGUUCAGCUCGUCCGCCUUUCCGUGUUAAGGGAAAGAAUGCAGCUGAACGUUUGGAGCAGACUGAGGGCUUCUUCGUUGACUCACUCGAGGAAUGGAGAAAGGCCAAGUCUAUAGAGUCCAUGGUUCUCGUCGGACACAGUAUGGGCGGUUACUUGAGUGCCGUAUAUGCAAUGCGGUAUCCCUCGCGUGUGGAGAAGCUUUUACUCGUGAGUCCUGUGGCCGUUCCCGAAAAUCCUUAUGCUUGCGAUGAUGAUGCUGAAAUUCGUACUGAGCAGUCGAAAGCUGUGGAAACACUGAAUGUGCUCACGUCGGAAACCCAGACAUCGAAUGUUAUGGCCGAGUUCACGCAAUCGCAAGAUCAGGCGACGACCCAAGAAGGAACAAGCACUAGCGCUCCAGCCAAGCCAAACAACCCUGUUCCGAAGGCUAUUGCCCUCUUGUGGAAUUGGAACAUUACUCCGUUUGCAAUUCUGCGUUCCAUUGGCCCUAUUGGUCCUAAACUUGUCAGUACGUGGACCAACAUUCGUUUUUCUACACUGCCAAAGGACACGUUCAUGGCUCUUCACAACUAUUGCUAUGCAAUUUUUUCACUUAAGGGUUCGAGCGAGUACGCGCUUUCACAUUUACUUGCUCCCGGUGCAUUUGCUCGGCGGUCGCUCAUCAAUCGCAUCGGCCAUGUCCAGUGCAAGACCGUGUUUAUGUACGGCGACCGCGAUUGGAUGGAUGAAAGCGCCGGUUACGCUGCGGCCAAACGUCUCAUGGAGCAUGGAGUGCUCGCUGAGCAUCAUAUCAUCAAAAACGCAGGACAUCAUUGCUACUUGGACAACCCCGAGGCUUUCAAUGAGCUUGUGCUCCGUGAAAUGAAUUUUGAGUGAGCUCGUUCGGGUAUGCCGAAGAGCGUUUGUUGCCGCCCAUGAAUCUGAUCUACUCUUCUCUGUUCCUGGCUAUCGAUUUGGGGUCUUCCUCUCUCACUUGCCCCUCCAUUCCAUUCUCAAUCCAUCUCUGUAUACCACAUUCACCGUCCUCUCUCCUCCAACGACCGCACCUUUCGAUACUCUGACUAACGAAUGCUGUUUUUAUGAAUUGACAUAUGAUUUUCUUUCAUGUCAGUAACAAAUACAAAUAUAUACAAUAGUAUAUUUCGUCUUUCUGCACACAAAUAGUGAGUUUGUUGCGCUUCGCUAUACUGAAUACAGACGUCUACUGCAA